UCAGUUUGAGUACGCAUUAUUUCAAAGUCGGCCAACUUGAAAUCACCAUAGAAAUAUACAAGUAUUAUUUAUGCCGCAUGGGUUAAAUUAUCUAAUUGUCCGUUUGCAAGUAACACUACAGUAAGUACAAACUUCAAUCCUUUCUUUCCAAAUACACAAGUCCAAAUCUUCAUUUUUUUCGACAAUAUCUAUAGAUGACCAACUAUUUAAGUCCAAUAGGGGUCGAACGAAACCUUGCACACAAUUUACACGAAAAUGGCUCAACUAAAUCUUCUUUUACUCUUGAAGUUAUCUUUAAUUAUAUUAGUAGCAGUAUCUUGCGUGUCUGGAAAACAUUUCCGAGCAGCCAAGUUGGGCGCUAAAAAUCGAUUGAUGCCCACAAAAGUUGAUCCUGGAAGUAUAAACGACUCACAACAAUAUGAGGUUUAUAACUAUACGCAAACAUUGGAUCAUUUCAAUUUUAAUCCAGAGAGUUACACGACCUUUCAACAACGUUAUGUCGUGGAUAGUAAAUAUUGGGGUGGGCCCACUAACAGUUCCCCUAUUUUUCUUUAUACGGGUGAGGAGACUAACAUCAUGGGAGAUGUAAAAUUUGUCGGGUUUGUGCGUGUGCUUGCUUCUCGAUUUAAAGGUCUUGUGGUCUAUAUUGAGCAUCGUUAUUAUGGGACUUCCAUGCCAUUUGGAUCGAAAGAUGAAGCAUAUAAAAAUGCUAGCACUCUUGGAUACUUUACUUCGGAGCAAGCUUUAGCUGAUUACGCUCAAAUAAUCAUCGAUGUUAAAAAAAACAUGUCAGCAGAAAAUUGUCCAGUCAUAGCUAUUGGAGCAUCAUAUGGUGGAAUGCUUGCUUCAUGGUUUCGCAUGAAAUAUCCACACGCUGCUUAUGGAGCAUUGGCGGUUUCAGCUCCAAUCCUCUAUUUUAUGGGCCUCACUCCUGAAAACGGUUAUGCUUCUAUCGUUUCAACAGAUUGGAAUAGUACAAGCACCACUUGCUACAACACCAUAAGAGAAUCAUGGUUCGAAAUUGAUCGAGUUGCUGCACAACCCCAAGGCCUUUCAAGCCUCUCGCAAAUGUUCAACACUUGCAUGCCGUUGAACACAACACAGGAUCUAAAAUACAACUUGGAGGGUAUAUAUGACGUUCUUGCUCAGUAUGAUAACCCUAAGGAUAACUAUUUACAAACUUUUUGUAAUGCAACUGGAGAAAAGACUUACAUUCUCGACAAAAUCAUGGCCGGAGUUCGUGCAAUAUAUGGAACAAUUUGCAAUGACAUAUAUGAUAUGAGCUUCAACAAAGAUUUUGGAUGGGAUUGGCAGUCAUGUACAGAAAUGGUAAUGCCAAUGGGACAAGGAGAAAACGAUACGAUGUUCCAAGCGAAUCCUUUUGAUUUGGAUGAAUACACCAAGGAAUGCCAACAAGUCUUUGGUGUCACACCAAGACCUUAUUGGGCACCUAUAGAAUUCGGAGGUUAUGGUAUAAAAACUGUGCUUGAAAAGUUCGCAAGCAACAUUAUCUUCUCCAAUGGUUUAAGAGAUCCAUAUAGUUCUGGAGGCGUUCUUCAAAACAUAUCAGACACGGUUGUCGCAAUAUCUACACAAGAAGGACACCAUUGCUUGGACAUAGCAACUCCAGAUGCUACGGAUCCGGACUGGCUGGUUGAACAGAGGAACACUGAGAUCAACAUAAUUGAAGGAUGGCUCUCAAAGUAUACUGUCCCUAGUGCUAAUUAGUGACAAAAAGAUUUACAAUCAGAUUUAUCUAGAACAAAUCUCUUAUCAUUUAUACAUCUGGUGACUAUUAUUGAAAACUUAUCGAGACUUCUAACUGUUUUUGUUGUAAAACAUAA